CCUUAUCAUCAUCCUGGUUGCUGAGGGAUGUGUCGGCGUGCAGUGCACCUGUUUGGGGCUUUAUUCGGGUCAUCAUCGUCUGAAAUACUCCGUUUUAACCAGUUUUAUCAAUAGAACCGUGCAAAGGUUCGGAUGACGUGUUCGUUGAUCAGUAAGGCGCCUCUGAUCAAUGAGAUUUAGGUGGAAGAUGUAUUGAUUUUUUUUUUUUCGGGGAGCAACAGUGAGACAGCAUCUUUGCACAGUGACACAUCAUCAGCACCGCGAGGGGACAAGCUCUGUAGCAGAACAUGUCGGACAAAAGUGAUCUAAAAGCAGAGCUGGAGCGCAAGAAGCAGCGUCUGGCCCAGAUCAGGGAAGAGAAAAAGAGAAAGGAGGAGGAGAGGAAGAAGAAAGAGGUAAGGAGAAAAACAGAAAGCCAGCAGAAGGCGGAGGCGGUCCCUGAGGAUUCAGAUUUGGACCGUAAGCGCAGGGAGACCGAGGCCCUGCUGCAGAGCAUUGGCAUUUCACCAGAGCCUCCACUAGUGCCGACCCCUGUGUCCCCUUGCAAAUCAGUGAGCACGCCCAGUGAGACGGGGAGCCAAGACUCGGGCGAUGGGGGAGCAGUAGGCAGGUUUAGGUCAGGUUUCUCUAAAAACAAGUCACAAGCACAAAGCGCAAGGACCCUGCAGUGGGACACAGACCCAUCUGUGCUGCAGCUGCACGCUGAUUCAGAGCUCGGACGCAGGAUGCAGCGACUGGGAGCCUCUAAGAUCACACAGGUCGACUUUCUCCCCAGAGAGUUGGUCUCUUACAGCAAGGAGACGCAGACACUGCUCACCGCCCACCUCUCCGAAGUAGAGGAGGAAGAGGAAGAUGAGGAGAUGAUGGUGGUGAAGCCGGGUCUUGAGUCAGAGCAACAAGAUGAAGACGACAAGGAAUCGAGGGAAGGUUCUUUUCCUGUGCUACGGGAGCUGACUGAGGAGGAGAGACAGCAGAUCCUGCACUCCACUGAGUUCCAGAGUUUUUUCGACUGCAGCAUCCGGGUCAUGGAACGAGCCCUGGCCGAAGACGGUGACAUCUUCUUUGACUACAGCGGCCGAGAUCUUGAGGACAAAGAGGGAGAUUUGACGGGCGGCUCCAGUCUGUCCUUCAGUCGGCUCUUCUAUGAUGAACACUGGUCGAAGCAUCGUGUUAUCACCUGCCUCGACUGGUCCCCCCAGUAUCCUGAGUUGCUGGUUGCUUCUUACAACAACAAUGAAGAUGCUCCCCAUGAGCCAGAUGGCAUUGCUUUGGUGUGGAACAUCAAGUUUAAAAAGUCCACGCCAGAGUACAUCUUUCAUUGUCAGUCUUCGGUGGUGUCUGUGGGCUUUGCGAGGUUCCACCCUAACCUGGUUGUUGGUGGGACUUAUUCAGGUCAGAUUGUGUUGUGGGACAAUCGCAGCCACCGUCGGACCCCCAUCCAGAGGACUCCUCUGUCUGCUGCCGCACACACUCACCCGGUGUACUGUGUGAACGUGGUUGGCACCCAGAAUGCCAACAACCUGAUCAGCGUGUCUACAGAUGGAAGGAUGUGCUCCUGGAGUCUGGACAUGCUCUCUCAGCCUCAGGAGACCAUGGAACUUGUGUACAAUAAAUCCAAACCGGUGGCGGUGACAGGCAUGGCCUUCCCCACAGGCGACGUCAACAACUUUGUGGUGGGGAGCGAGGAGGGGACCGUGUACACGGCAUCCAGACAUGGCAGUAAAGCGGGUAUCUGCGAGAUGUUCGAGGGCCACCAGGGACCGGUGACGGGCAUCAGCUGUCACAGUGCAGUGGGCACUGUCGACUUCUCCCACCUCUUCGUUACAUCCUCCUUCGAUUGGACCGUCAAACUCUGGAGCACCAAGCACAACAAGCCUCUUUACUCUUUUGAGGACAACGCCGACUACGUGUAUGAUGUCAUGUGGUCGCCCGUGCACCCUGCCACCUUCGCCGCCGUAGACGGCAUGGGCCGCCUCGACCUGUGGAACCUCACCAAUGACACAGAGGUGCCAACUGCUAGUGUGACUAUUAAGGGUACAUCAGCCCUUAACAGGGUCCGCUGGUCGUCAGGAGGGAAGGAGGUAGCUGUAGGUGACUCAGAGGGACGGGUCUGGAUCUAUGACACCGGAGAGCUGUCAGUGGCCCACAGUGAUGACUGGACGCGUUUCGCCCGCACCCUGAUGGAGAUCCGCGCUAACCGGGCAGAUGGCGAGGAGGAGGGGCCUAUGGAGCUGGCUUCAUAGAUCUCCAAAACCAAACUAGACAGUGAUUAAAGUGGAACAGACCACUGUGCUUUUACUG